GCGGCCGGGAGGAAGCGGCUGCGGCGGCGCUGAGGGAGCGCGGCGGGCGGAGCGGGCAGGAAUUUCAUCUGGCAAAAAUGGGUGAACCUCAGCAAGUGAGUGCCCUUCCUCCACCUCCAAUGCAAUAUAUCAAAGAAUACACUGAUGAAAAUAUCCGUAAAGGCCUGGCUCCAAAGCCACCUCCGCCUGUGAAGGACAGCUACAUGAUGUUUGGGAACCAGUUCCAGUGUGAUGAUCUGAUCAUUCGGCCCCUGGAGAGCCAGGGGAUUGAACGGCUGCAUCCCAUGCAGUUUGAUCACAAGAAGGAGUUAAGGAAACUGAACAUGUCUAUCCUGGUCAACUUCCUGGACCUCUUGGACAUCUUGAUAAGGAGUCCAGGGAGUAUAAAGCGAGAGGAGAAACUGGAAGACUUGAAACUGCUUUUUGUCCACGUGCAUCACCUUAUAAAUGAGUACCGGCCUCACCAGGCCAGGGAGACACUGAGGGUCAUGAUGGAGGUGCAGAAACGGCAGCGCCUGGAGACGGCCGAGCGGUUCCAGAAGCACCUGGAGCGAGUCGUGGAGAUGAUCCAGAACUGCCUGGCUUCCCUGCCCGAUGAUCUGCCUCACACAGAGGGGGGACUGAGAGUCAACGUGGAGCCCCUGGACACUGAUGAUGGCAGCAGCUGCGCUGGACAGAGCGAAAAGCAGAGGGAGCGUUCUGGUGGCAAGAGAGAUCAGGUUUUGGACAAAGAUGCAGCAAUGUGCAGCAUUAUUGAUGAGAUGACGUGAACAAAACAGCUGGUUUUGUUAAUGCACCACAGUGAGAGACAAAAGGGGUUCUGAGGAUGUACGUUGUAUUUUGUUUUGCUGUUGUAGAAGCAGACAGAGCAUUUGUUGUGCACCUGUUGGAGGUUGUGAGUGACUGGGCCGAUGAAAAUGUUUAAAGUUUUGUGGGUUUUUGGUAAAAAUGAAAAGGUCUAAUUUUUGUUAAAUGUAUCAUGUGAUAGGCACAGAUUAAAGUUGGCUUUUCCUGUUGUA